UGAAUGAUGCAAAUGCGACGCCUUGUGUGCAAAGCCGCUGCUUCAGCCUUUCUUUGCAGCUUCUUUCACCAGUCGUCAAAGGUAAGCGUAUUCGUUUUCUGUUGCUUACACGCUCCUCCAAAACCAGAAUUAUAUUUAAAAAAAUCUGUAGCUAUGCGAUUAUUUCUGCAGUUGAAUUGAAUAUAUUGCUCAUACUAACACAAUUAAAAUCUGACUUAAAAUAUUCAGAUAUGAAAGAAACCACUUAAUUUACAUAAGUUAAUCCUACCCUGUCAUUAUUGAUCUUUCUUUCAGGAAAAUACACAAAAAAUGGGCAUGUGUAAUAUGGUGAUUAAUCAUAAACAGUUGAUUAAUCUGAAUUAAUCAGAUUAAAAGCUCAUUGUCAGUGCUACUUUUAAUGUUUUAUCUUCUUUUUAAUGCAAAAAUGUAUCAGUUAAUCCUACCCUGUCAUUGUUGAUCUUUCUUUCAAGAAAAUACAUUAAAAAAUGGCCAUGUGUGAUAUAGUGAUUAAUCAUGAUUAAUUAUAAACCUGUGAUUAAUCUUAAUUAAAUUAAAAUACUCCUUGUCAGUGCUACUUUUAACAUAUUUCAUGAAUAGUGAAUUAAGUUGUGUUUUCGAAUAUACAGAAAACAAACCUGCAAUCCGAAAAAAACUUUUUUCUUGAGUUUUAUUUCACACUUCAACUACUGCGACUACUUCUAUGUUUUAGCUCCUUGUAUCAAAGUUAAUCCUACCAUGUCAUUAUUGAUCUUUCUUUCAAGAAAAUACAUAAAAAAUGGGCAUGUGAUAUGCUGAUUACUCACGAUUAAUUAUAAACCUGUGAUUAAUCUGAAUUAAUCUUUUAUUUAUUUUUGCUCAUUUUCCGUGCUACAUUUAAUAUUUCUUGAAUCGUGAAUUAAGUUGUGUUUUCGAAUAUGCAGAAAAAAGAAAAAAAAAACGCUGUCCGAAAACUUGUAUCGCAGAGGACGUUAUUCAACUUUCUUGAGUUUUAUUUCACACUUCAACUAUUUCCACAAGUUUGUCAGGUUGUCAGGUCAUCCCUCAAUUGUUGGUAUGCGGCCUGCGGUGGAAAAAAGUUGAGUUCAUCAGAGAAAUCCUUUGGAUGUAAUUUAGUAUUAGACACUUUAUAUAAAGUACAUCCUGUCGCUGCUAAGUGGAUUCCCCCCUGGUGAUACGUGCUGCUCAUUAUUUGUGCACUUGUUCUGUACGUAGGCCGGGUGCACGCCACAUAGCAACUACUAACCGAAAGUGACGGCCAGACUAGGAGAACGCUCCUCAAAAUGUUUCCACAGUCUGGGAAAUCAAUAGUCUUUGACAACUUUCCCGAUCCCACCGACACCUGGGAGAUCAUCGAGACGAUCGGGAAGGGGACCUACGGAAAAGUCUACAAGGUGCUCAACAAAGUGGACGGAAGUAAAGCAGCAGUGAAGAUACUGGAUCCUAUUCACGAUAUUGACGAAGAGAUCGAGGCAGAGUACAACAUCCUUAAGGCUCUCUCGGACCACUCCAAUGUGGUCAAGUUCUACGGGAUGUAUUACAAGAAGGAUGUCAAAUGCGGCGAUCAGUUGUGGCUCGUGCUGGAGCUCUGCAAUGGCGGCUCUGUGACGGACCUGGCCAAAGGCAUGUUGAAGAGGGGGGAGCGCAUGGAUGAAGCCAUAAUUGCCUUCAUCCUCCAUCAAGCCCUCAUGGGUCUCCAGCACCUGCACAUAAACAACACCAUCCACCGGGAUGUCAAGGGCAACAACAUCCUGCUGACCACGCAUGGCGGCAUCAAACUGGUGGACUUUGGUGUUUCGGCCCAGCUGACAAACACCCGCUUGAGAAGGAACACCUCGGUGGGAACGCCCUUCUGGAUGGCGCCAGAGGUGAUUGCAUGUGAGCAGCAGUUGGAUUCUACCUACGACGCCCGCUGCGACGUCUGGUCCCUGGGCAUCACCGCCAUUGAGCUGGGCGAUGGAGACCCGCCCCUCUCUGAGCUCCAUCCAAUGAGAGCCCUCUUCAAAAUACCCAGAAACCCUCCGCCUACACUGCAGCAGCCGGAGUUGUGGUCCGGCGACUUUAACGACUUCAUCUGCAAGUGUCUCAUCAAGGAUUUUGAGCUGAGACCAAACGUGUUGGACCUCCUCCAGCACAUCUUCAUUAAGCAGACCGUCGGCAGAGAGAAAGUGCUGCAGAAACAACUGAUUGAACUCAUUGAUCUCAACCAGCAAAUAGGAGUCAUUGAAAAGACGAGCCAUCACGGAAAAACAGACAGAAGCCGAGACAGUAAUGACAGGCAUGAGCGCAUCCACACCAAAAAAGGAAGCAAUACCAAGACUGAACCCGAUGAAGGGGAUGACCUCGCCGUCCUGGAAGUUCUGGACGAGGACUCGGUCACCGAGCAGCUACAGGAUCGCUAUGGCCGUGAUCAGAUCUACACGUAUGUGGGCGACAUCCUCAUUGCGGUUAAUCCUUUCCAUCAAAUGCAGAUCUACGCACCUCCGUAUAGUAAAAUGUACGUGGGAGCAAAGCGCACCGCCAACCCCCCUCACAUCUUCGCCGUGGCCGACAUCGCCUACCAAUCCAUGGUGUCGUACCACUCCGAUCAGUGCAUCGUGAUCAGCGGCGAGAGCGGAGCAGGGAAAACGGAAAGCGCUCACCUGUUGGUGCAGCAGAUCACUGUUUUGGGGAAGGCCAACAAUCAGUCCCUCCAGGAGAAGAUUCUACUGGUCAACAGCCUGGUGGAAGCCUUCGGAAACGCCUGCACCGCCAUCAACGACAACUCCAGCCGCUUUGGCAAGUACUUGGAGAUGAAGUUCACCGCUGGAGGAACGGUGGUGGGCGCCAAGAUAUCCGAGUACUUGCUGGAGAAAUCCAGGGUCAUCCACCAGGCUGUAGGGGAGAAGAACUUCCACAUCUUCUACUACAUCUAUGCAGGCCUGGCUGACAGGAAGAAGCUGGCCCACUACAAGCUCUCCGACAGCAAAACUCCAAAAUAUCUGUGUAACGAUCACAUUAAGCUAGGACCCGACAUAAUCAGCAACACCUCCUACAAGGAGCAGUUUGACGCAGUGGAGCAGUGUUUCAAAGUCAUCGGAUUCUCCCUGGAGGAGCUGGGAAGUGUUUACAGCACGCUGGCUGCCAUUCUCAACUCGGGCGAUGUCGAGUUUUCUGCAGUGGCCUCCGAGCACCAAACAGACAAGAGCAACAUUACCAACAUGUCCAACCUGGAAAACGUGGCAUCCUUGCUGUGCAUCCGCUCCGAUGAGCUCCAGGAAGCGUUGACCUCCCACUGCGUGGUGGCCCGGGGCGAGACCAUCGUGCGGCCCAACACGGUGGAAAAGGCGGCAGAGGUGAGGGACGCCAUGAGCAAGGCUCUCUAUGGCCGCCUCUUCAGCUGGAUCGUCAACCAUAUUAAUACGCUGCUUCGGCCUGACAGCCACCUCGGCGAAGAUGACAGGGGCUUGAAUAUCGGCAUCCUGGACAUCUUCGGCUUCGAGAACUUCAAGAGGAACUCAUUCGAACAGCUCUGCAUCAAUAUCGCCAACGAGCAGAUCCAGUUUUACUUCAACCAGCACGUAUUUGCCUGGGAGCAGGACGAGUACCUCAACGAGGAGGUGGACGCUCGCAUGAUCGAGUACGAGGACAACCGGCCUCUGUUGGACCUCUUUCUGCAGAAACCGAUGGGAAUGCUGUCUCUGCUAGAUGAGGAAAGUCGCUUCCCGCAGGCCACUGAUCAGACCCUCGUAGAAAAAUUCCAAGACAAUCUGAAGGCCAAAAGCUUUUGGAGACCAAAGAGGAUUGACCUUGGAUUCGGUAUUCACCACUAUGCUGGAAAGGUGAUCUACAAUGCUGCUGGAUUCUUGGCCAAGAAUCGAGACACACUACCGGCUGACAUCGUGCUCCUACUCAGGUCAUCGGAGAACGAGCUUGUUCGCAAACUUGUCACACAUCCUCUCACCAAAACAGGCAACCUUGCCCACACUAAAGGCAAAGGCAUCAACACACUAUGCUGCCCGCGGACCCCCACACGCACCAUCACCUUCGCCAAGAUGGGAGUGCUUACCUUAUACAGUUCCUUUAAUUUCACUGAGCUUUCUCGGGAUUUGAAAACACAAUGCUUUCUCGGUGACAAACCGGUUGACGCCGACAUGCCUUACCAUCCUCGAGAAACCACCAACAUGAGGACGCAGACUGUGGCGUCCUACUUCAGAUACUCCCUGAUGGAUCUAUUGUCCAAGAUGGUUGCAGGACAGCCCCACUUUGUUCGCUGCAUAAAACCCAAUAACGACAGACAAGCCCACAAGUUUGACCGGGAGAAGGUUCUGGUUCAACUGCGAUACACUGGCAUUUUAGAGACGGCCAAGAUCCGCCGGCAGGGCUACUCUCACCGCAUCCUUUUUGCUAAUUUCCUAAAAAGGUAUCACAUCUUAGCUUUCCAUGCCGACGAGGAGCCAGCUGUGACUCCAGAGACGUGCACAAUCAUAUUGGAGAAAGCCAAUCUGGAGAACUGGGCCAUGGGGAAAACAAAGGUUUUCCUCAAGUAUUACCACAUAGAAUACCUCAAUCUGAUGGUGCAGCAAGCGACGCAGCGGAUUGUUCUGCUGCAGGCUUGCAUCCGUGGCUGGCUGGGAUGCAAACGCUACCGCCGGAUGUUAAAGGAGCGAGCGCAAGGUGCUCUGGUGCUGCAGUCAGCAUACAGAGGUUAUAAAGCUCGAAAAAGGGUCUCCGACGAAAAGAAAAAAGUGAAGCUACAAGCCUUCAUUCUACAGUUUCAAUCCGUCUGCAGGGGCUAUCUUGCAAAAAAGAAGUACAAGGAGAUGGUGGAGAGGCACAAAGCGGCAACAAAGAUUCAGGCGCACUACCGAGGCCACAAAGAAAGGAGAAGUUUCAAAAGGAAGCGAGAAGCUAAAGAGAAAGCAGAAAAUGCAGAGGAACCAGAAAAGAACAUCCCUCAGGAUGAUCAUCCCAAUGGAGAGGAAGAAUCCAAGGCAGCUGUCGUCCUGCAAAGCAACUUCCGAGGCUAUCAGGAGAGGAAGAAGCUCAAGGAGAGAAAGAAGACAAUGGCUGGAGCCGAGUUGGAGGUUCCGUUAAUCUUGUUAGAACCUCAACGUGGUCAAGAGCGGACAAGCACGGAAGACGAAGAGCGGGUAAAGAGUCCAGACGAUGAGGAGGAAGACAGCACAUACGAAGCCGAGGAGAACGAAGAUAGCGACCACACACAGGUACCGGAGGAUGACGAGACUAUCGAAGCGGCAGACGAGGUGGAGGUUGAACUGGCUGAAGAAGCCACGCCUGAAGACUCUAACGUGUCGGAGAACGGAGAUGCCACUAGCUUCCAGGAGGAGACCAAAGCAGCUGUGGUGCUUCAGAGUCACUUCCGAGGUCACCAGGAGAGGAAGAGGCUUCAGGAGGUGCGAGCCACGGCGGUUCAGCAGAAAGCUUCAGAUGAGGAAGGAGACUCGGAGGAGACCAAAGCAGCUGUGGUGCUUCAGAGUCACUUCAGAGGCUACAAGGAACGCAAGCGACUUGAGGAGGAAGGAAAGAUCCCUGACAGGAAGUCAAAAGAAGUCAAUGACGAUGCAACCGACGAGAACCUAGAAGCUUUAACUCCAAAUGACGUAGAGCUAGAAGUGGCAGAAGACACUGUGGAUGUCUCUGAUGUUGUGUUAGAACAUAAAGAUGAUGCAGAAAAAGACAGACGAGGGGAGGAAGAAGAGGCUGCGGUGAAGAUCCAAAGCAACUUUCGGGGCUACAAAGAACGCAAGAAGCUGAAGGCCUUCAAGCAAACGGCACAGGAUGAAGCCCAGCAACUGGAGAGCUUCUCCAAACAGAUUGCAAAGACUUCUCAGAACUUUGUGGCCCUGCAGCAGAAGCUAACGGAGAUUAUUCAGGCCCAUCAAUCAAACCCAGAGAAGAAUGGCAUGUUCGUGAAAGGAAAGACAAUCAACGGCUUUGCUCCUCAGAUACACAAAUCACCCGACAAAAGACUGUCGAGGCCCCCCCGUCGAACCCUGCAGCCAAAGACCCUAAACACGCCGGAGGACUGCACCUACUACACACUGAUUCAUCGCUCCGUCCAGGAUGACAAACGCAAGCCCAGGAAAGAAGAUCCAGGUAAGCUGCUGGACGAGGACGAGCACUACUACCAGGCCUUGCCCACCAGCAGAUCCACUCCCGCCAUUUCCACCGAGGAGGCGUCAUCCAGCGGCCUUCAGAGGCGCUGGUCCAUGGAUAGGACGCCUUCUGUGGAAGCCCAACCAGAACCUGCUGAGGUCAAAGAGUCCAACCAGGAAGUAGCCACCGAGCCUGAAUCCAAACCUGACAAAGACACAAGGCGCUCCGUUCCCAGAAUUCCCUCUGCAGAUAGUCGCUCCGAGGACAACCCGUACGAUUUCAGGCAUCUACUGAGGAAGACCUCUCAGAGACGGAGGCUCAUCAGGCAGUACCGAGCACAAGACUGACCUUUUUUUUUUUGUAGGCACG